ACACACAACUUCGAGUUUUUUCCGAACACGUGAAACUCCAUCAGAAACCAACUAUAUCCAUCGAAAGAAAUAGAUUCCGACUACUCCCAAGCCGUGCAGCCGCGUGGUUGUGGAGAUACAAGGAGUCUAGUACCCCAAACGCGACGCGUCCGAACUUUCAGAAGCAAACGCACAGACCAAGCCAAGAAACAACAACAACAAGACAACAGAGAGGCUAAAAUGGCCCCAGAUAGCGACACUAUCGUAGUCCAGCUACCAGAAGACCUCCGGACCUCAAGCACACUGGACGACGAAAUGGAGACCGACGAAAGGCACCAAGACAACCCAACAACACCCAUCGAGCAGACCACCCAAGAAACACCAAGGUUAAUUAUUCAGCCACCACUAAAUAAAAGACCAGCGGCAUUCUCCCCAGAGAUAACUACAAGAGAGAGAAACCCAUUCCAGAACAGCCAAGAAAAGAAACCAAGAGCAAAGGACUCAACCCAAGCAAUCUUCUGGGCAAGGGACCUAAUUCUACAAGCAUCUACUAUGGCCGAAUCCCAUCUAUCCCAAAACAAACUACUACAACUACUGGACGUCUUUAGAGACUUUACGGAACUAGGCAGGGUUACGCAGCAAAUGACUGAGAAGUUUACAGCACAGCUUGCGUACCAGACUGCAACGCUUACAAGCGCCUCCCAACAAGCUACAAAGACACUAAAGAAAGCUGUUAAUGCCGCAACUGGACCACAAAACCCAAACAACCAAGAAAAACCAAACAACCAGAACACCCAGAACAUCCAAAACACCCAAAACACCCAAAACACCCAACAAAACAAGACAUCAUACGCUAGCGUAGCCGCCCAGAACAACGGAAACACAUGGACUACAGUGUCUACAAAAAAGAAGACAAACAAAAAGCCAGCAAGCUACUACCAAGCAGUCCUUACGCUUAUGUCGGAUGUAGGACAGGGCAGAAGAGAGGAAGAAGGUUGUUGUAUUGAGAGAGCUACAUAG